CCUCUUUGCUGAUUGGUCGGUUUGGUCCGAUGUCGCCCCGAAAGGGUAACCGAGGCUCCCGUCCUCCUGGGGGGCCUCCGGUUCCCACCUGCCGGGGCCUCAGACUCCGCUCCGUUUUGGUGCUGGGGGUCGGGGCCCUGAUCGGGGCUGUGAUCCUGCUGUGGGAGAAUGCGGCAGAGAGUCACAGUGUGCCGGACAAUGGCAGCAGCGGAGAUCGUACUGAGAUUGUCACCAAGAAACUCUCCACCACAUACAUUAGACAACUAGUUUCUGAGGUAAAUGUAGACCGCCUGUGGACAACCUUCUUGAAGCCAAUGCUGAUUGAGAGACAGCCAGGAAGUGCAGGAAACAAGCAGGUCAGAGAGUUCAUUGUUAGUCACUUGCAAUCUUUAUCUUCGGGGUGGACUGUUGAUGUAGAUCAGUUUGAAGCACUCACCCCACGUGGAUCCAUGUCAUUUGGGAGUGUGAUGGCAACACUCGAUCCCUCUGCACGUCGACGGAUAGUGCUAGCAUGUCACUUGGAUUCAAAAGUGUUUCCUCAUGAUAGAAGAGGGCGUCCAUUUGUUGGGGCCACAGACUCCGCUGUUCCAUGUUCUUUGAUUCUGGAAGCAGUGACUCUACUGGAUACUCGACUUACGCAACUCAAAAAUAAGGGUUCAUCACUUACACUGCAGCUCUUCUUUCUGGAUGGCGAAGAGGCUAUUGUUGAUUGGACAGCGAGAGACUCGUUGUAUGGGGCACGGCAUUUGGCCCAGCACUUGAAAAAGGCUGAGAUACCAGGAGGAGGCGGCUCCCAGCUCAGUGCCAUUAAUCUGUUCAUUCUUCUGGAUCUGCUUGGAGCUCCAGACCCUGUGUUUACAAGCCACUACUCUGAAACAAAUGGACACUUUCUGAGGUUGCGUGCUCUUGAGAAGCGGCUACAUGGCCUUGGUUUAUUGAAGUCCCACCCAUUUGAAAACGCCUACUUCAGGAAUGACAUAUAUUAUGGUCCUGUAGAGGAUGAUCACAUUCCAUUUGUGAAGCAAGGUGUCCCUGUACUUCAUGUGAUCUCCACUCCAUUCCCAGCCGUUUGGCACACUCAUGACGACACAGAAGAAAAUCUUCACCGCCCGACUGUCAUCAACUUGUGUCGAAUAUUUGUUGCCUUUCUCAGUGAAACACUCUCACUAUGACCUUGACGGCCCACAAAACUGUCCUGGAAACGAACUGCUGGGGUAUUCAAAGUAUUCUUCAGCAAAUUAAACAGGAUGUGUUUACAGACUACUUGACGUUGACUGUCCAUGUCUUAUAGACACCGGUCUCCCAUAGAGCUAUACAAAUUUAUAUUCUGAAAUCAUGGAAACCCCUAACAACUGUUCUUAAAUGGAGCAGAAGAACACUGUGAAUAAAAUAAUACAUGAAAUUAAAAACAUGGUACACAUCAUGUAUAAAACCAAACCAAAACGUCUGAUGGGAUUCCAUUGUAGAUAAUGCUGCCUUAAUGUUUUAUUUAAUCACCUGAAAAUACCCACAGAGCACAGGGUAAUAAAUAAAAAGUAUAUACAAAUCCUUUGAAGAGUACAGAGACACCCCAAUUGAACAUCCUGAUAUCUCCAGCUGAGGGGGGUGACCGUUAGUGUGAUGCAGAUGUUUAUGCAUUGCUAGCAGCCAGAAACCCAGGCAUAUACAGGUGGCGGUCUAGUGUUCUAACCAGAACCGCAGGAAACAGCGCGCGCACACACAAAAUACAUACAGUUUUACAUUUUACAAGGGCUACUUGAAGGGACACUAUAGGCACUUAGACCACUUCAGUUUAUUUAAGUGGUCUGGGUGCAGUGUCCCAGUCACACUUAGGCCUGCAACGGAAAUGAGUGCUGUUUUAGAGAAACUGCAAUGAUUACCGUGCAGAACUUACUGCCUUUACCUCUAG